AUGAGUAAAGACACAUCGCAGUUAGGUUAUCAUACAGUUGAAGAUUAUGAUAGACUUCUUGGUGAGGGUCAGUGUGCCUCAAGUUAUGUUGGCCAACAUGGUAAGGAUAUCUACAAUCAACCAAGAAGUACGCUAACUGAAGCAGAUACUAAAAACAUUGGGAUGAGAAAGUUUCAAACAGGAGAAAGAGAUUUGGAUUUUGGAUACCAUGGUGUUAGCGAUUAUAAUAAAAUCCUUGGGGAAGGCCAGGAUGAUUAUGCCGAAGGUGACUACAUGAACUUGUUUCAUAAGCAGCAAGAACUAAAACAUAAACAGGGACAGAAGCAACAGUAUCCUCCCACACAUUUAUACCGUAAAGAUGAAGCUAACAAUUAUCCAGCCAUGGAUUCACAACAAUAUCAGCAAGAGACAUAUGAUAAAGAACAAGACAACAUCGAAUCUAAUGUCCAAAUUCCAGGAUGUGGGCAGGCAAAUCCACGGGAAAAACAACAUCAUUAUGUUUCCAACCAGUUUCAACCAACCGCAAUGUUACAAGCAAGAAAAAUGGAUGAUAGCCAUAUUCCUGUAGGAUCAGUAGAUACAAGUUGUCCUGGAUUUGAAGGAAAGGGUCAUCACACUCCAAUUCCAGGUGCCGGUCAAAUGAGUUCUCAACCAGGAUAUCAUCAUAUCAAUCCCUUUCAUUUAGUGAAAAAUUCCACCACUGAUAACAAUAAUAGCAAGAUUAUGGAUAUGGAAUAUGCAUACAAGGGGAAUGCUUCUGGAGAAGAGGCUAUUCCAAGAACAAUGAAGCAAGAACAUGUCACUAACACCCAAGGAAAUACAACAACUCCAAGUCAUGUGGAAACACCACACCAUCAGAGUCUAUUUAGUAGAUUGAAGAAAACUAUAAGUAGAUGA